CUGGAGUGUACAGGACUUUUAAGAUGCUGCAGGCUCUCCGCACUGUGUCCAUGUGAAUGGGACCUUUUUAUUUUGAAUUCCCUCUGGAGACAAGAGAAGAAUUCAUCAAGAGUUUCCUUUGGAUAUUAAGUCAAAGUGCAAGCAAUGGAGAUUCUCUAUAAGAAGGCAAUAAUCUGUGGGAUAUACUAGUAGUAAACAAUUCUCAGCCUGAUUGACGUUAGCUGGAUUUAUCAAGCACUUUUGAAUUUACAACACUACCAAAAAUGAAGAAAGACUUUUGCUUACACGGCUUACUUUUAUGUCUGGGAAUUGCGUAUUGUAGUCAUGUCACAUCUUUAAGAAGAAACAAUAAACUAAGGCAAUCAUUCCAUGGUCACCAUGAAAAAGGAAAAGAGGGGCAAGUAUUACAUAGGUCAAAGAGAGGAUGGGUUUGGAAUCAAUUUUUUGUAAUAGAAGAAUAUACCGGACCAGAUCCUGUACUUGUUGGACGGCUUCACUCAGAUGUUGACUCUGGAGAUGGAAAGAUAAAAUACAUACUCUCAGGAGAGGGUGCUGGGACCAUUUUUGUUAUUGAUGACAAAUCAGGGAAUAUCCACGCAACCAAGACCCUGGACCGAGAAGAAAGGGCUCAGUAUACCUUAAUGGCACAGGCAGUUGACAGAGAAACAAAUAAACCACUGGAACCGCCAUCAGAGUUUAUCGUUAAAGUCCAAGACAUAAAUGAUAAUCCCCCCGAGUUCUUACAUGAAAACUACCAUGCAAAUGUGCCAGAGAUGUCCAAUGUAGGUACAUCUGUAAUUCAAGUAACAGCUUCUGAUGCAGAUGAUCCAACAUAUGGAAACAGCGCUAAGCUUGUGUAUAGUAUUCUCGAAGGGCAACCGUAUUUUUCAGUCGAAGCACAAACAGGAAUCAUUAGGACGGCUCUUCCAAACAUGGACAGAGAAGCCAAGGAAGAAUAUCAUGUAGUUAUUCAAGCAAAGGAUAUGGGAGGACACAUGGGAGGACUCUCAGGGACAACUAAAGUGACAAUAACGCUGACAGAUGUCAAUGACAAUCCACCAAAGUUUCCACAAAGUGCAUACCCCAUGUCUGUGUCAGAAGCUGCUGUUCCAGGGGAAGAAGUGGGAAGAAUAAAAGCUAAAGACCCAGACAUUGGUGAAAAUGGCUUAAUAAAGUACCGUAUUCUUGAAGGAGAUGGUGCAGAGAUGUUUGAAAUCACAGCUGAUUAUCAAACUCAGGAAGGCGUUGUAAAACUUAAAAAGGUGGUGGAUUAUGAAACCAAGAAGUUCUACAGUAUGAAGGUUGAAGCUGUCAAUGUUCAUAUUGAUCCCAGAUUCCUUAGCCGAGGACCAUUCAAAGACACAGCUACUGUGAAGAUCUCAGUAGAAGAUUUUGAUGAACCUCCUAUAUUCUUAGAACAUAUUUACAUUUUUGAAGUAUAUGAAAAUGCUCCAUCUGAUACUGUGGUUGGGAGAGUGCACGCUAAAGACCCAGAUGCAGCUAACAGCCCAAUAAGAUAUUCAAUCGAUCGCCACACUGACCUUGACAGAUUCUUCAGCAUCAACCCAGAGGAUGGUGUCAUCAAAACCACAAAGGGUUUGGAUAGAGAGGAAAGCUCUUGGCACAACAUCUCAGUCAUCGCAACUGAACUUCACAACCGUAUUCAUGAAACAAGAGUUCCAGUGGCUAUUAAGGUCUUGGACAAGAAUGACAACGCUCCAGAAUUUGCAAAGCCCUAUGAAGCCUUUGUCUGUGAAAAUGCCCCAAUCAAUCAGGAAUUCUUGACUAUCACUGCAAUAGAUAAAGAUGAUACUGCCAAUGGACUUCGGUUUUUCUUUAGUUUUCCCCCAGAAAUAGUACACCCAAAUCCAAACUUCACCAUAGUAGACAAACGAGAUAACACAGCAAGCAUUCGUGUUGGCCGUGGAGUUUUCAGCCGCCAGAAACAAGACUUGUAUUUGGUUCCUGUUGUUAUAAGUGAUGGGGGAAGCCCUCCGAUGAGCAGCACCAAUACUCUUUCUGUCCGAAUAUGCAGUUGCAAUAGUGACGGAUCUCAGCUUUCUUGUAAUGCCGAGCCUCAAUCCCUUAAUGCUGGACUCAGUACUGGAGCACUGAUUGCAAUCCUUGCUUGCAUUGUUAUUUUAUUAGUGAUUGUGGUUUUGUUUGUGACUCUGAGGAGAGAAAAGAAGGAACCUCUUAUUGUUUUUGAAGAGGAAGAUAUCCGGGAAAAUAUAAUCACAUAUGAUGAUGAAGGUGGUGGAGAGGAAGACACUGAAGCAUUUGACAUUGCAACCCUGCAGAAUCCUGAUGGGAUUAAUGGAUUUAUGCCACGAAAAGAUAUUAAACCAGAAUUUCAAUAUAACCCCAGAGAUAUUGGAAUAAGACCUGCACCAAACAGUGUUGAUGUUGAUGACUUCAUUAACACAAGGAUACAUGAAGCUGAUAAUGACCCUACAGCCCCGCCUUAUGACUCCAUUCAGAUCUAUGGAUAUGAAGGGAGAGGUUCUGUGGCUGGAUCUCUUAGUUCAUUAGAGUCAGCCUCUACAGAUUCAGAUUUGGACUAUGAUUAUCUACAAAACUGGGGACCUCGAUUUAAGAAACUAGCAGAUUUAUAUGGGUCCAAAGACAUGUGUGAAGAUGACUCUUAACGAUUAAGUUCUGAAUUUGGCCUUAUGAACUGCAUAAUGUACUCAAAUAUCCAGAGUAAACAUUAACAGGUAUUUUUUUUAAAGAAAACAUGAAAAAGGCUUCUUCAACCUUGCAAGGUUUACAGACAGGAUUCCUUCCAAAACAAGAACUGUUAAAUGGUGGUGGAUACUGUGAAAACCCUAUGGCCUGUGUAGAAGUUGUGUAUUAGUUUUUUUUUCUCUCUCAAGAAACCACUUGUGAAAUGCAGCCUAUUUAAAGAAAUGGAAAUGCAGGAAAAAUGCAACAAAAAAGGGGAAUCUUUACAGUAUAUAACAUAACCAUCAAAUCUUCUCAAACAAAGCUUCCACAAAUGAAAAAAAAAAAAAAAGGAUAACAGUUUUGAGCUGUAAUUUCGCCUUAAACUAUGGACACUUUAUAUGUAGUGCAUUUUUAAACUUGAAAAAAAAUAUAUAUAAUAUUCAGCCAGCUUCAAUCCAUAUAAUGUAUGUACAGUAAAAUGUACAAUUAUUCUGUCUCUUGAGCAUCAGACUUGUUACUGCUGAUUCUUGUAAAUCUUUUUGCUUAUAAUCCUGUCUUAAACUAAUACGUGCCAGAUACGCACCCUAUUUCUAUGUCAUUUUUAAUGUAUCUAUUUGUACAAUUUUCAAAUUCUUAUUUUAGUAUACAUACAAAAUAUCAGUAUUCUGACAUGUUACGGCAUCACACUUAUAUUUUAUGAACAUCGUACUGUUGCUUUAAUAUGUGCUUCAAUAUAAGAAGCAAACUUUGAAAUAAAAUUGACCUUUUUUAUUUGU